CGCACCUCUCAGUCAAAUGCAUGGCCUGUUCUAUUGUAGGUCAUACUGAUCGUUGUUUCUCACCACGCUUGUUUAUUUUGAUUGUUCGUAAAAAGUGAAAAUGCAGUUCUCAAAAUUGUUCGUUUACUUUGCCUAUUGUACUCUGGUUUGCUUUUGCGAUGUUCAACAAUCUUUUGGAAAAAAUGAUACGGCAGCACAAAUAGCGCUUGGCGAGAAACGACUCGGGGAUCAUAUUCGCACGAUCUUGAAGCACUACCAGCAAGACGAUCCGGUAGGGCUACCUGGGGCACCGAUACCGGACCCUAUGCCAGUGCCCGAUAUGAAACACUCUUUUUCCAUAUACACCAUGAAUUUCAAGGAAGUGAACGUUUAUGGCUUGACGAAAUUUCGGAUAGUACACAUGGAGUCUGAAUUGGCGCUGAUGCAAGUCUCGGUGACAUUGAGUAUCGAAACUCUGGAUAUCCGUGGAUUGUAUACUCUCUCCUCUUGGCUAUCACGAUCCGCCGGUAACUUUACCGUCAAAUUGACGGAAGUAAAUAUCCAAGGAAUCGCGAGGCUCGAGGUUGCCGAUGACGGUAAAUUACAAGCUCAAGACAUCGACAUGGAUUUAACGUUCGAUAAAAUAGACAUGGACUUUAAGAAUUUGGGCUUCCUGGGUUCGGUUUUUCAAGGAGUGAUCAAUUCCAUAGGCACGUUCAUUUUCGACAGUAUUAAGCCCUUCAUAUUAAAGGAAGUCAAUACUAACAUACGGGGCGAAGUUAACAAACAAAUAUCGCAACUGCCACAGUACUUUCCGAACUCUAUAUCGCCUUUUGACAUGGCAGUGGCAGAAGCUCGCAAACAAGUGUCCCAAUUGGGAUAUGAUCCAUUCAAAGUCCAGGAUUAUAGCCAAAGCGUUGGUAUGUUCACUGUAACGUCGACUCACACAUGGAUCACUGGCUUGGCGAGUUUUUAUCGAAUGGGAAAUAUUACGCUCAGCAUGGAAAAUGGAACAGUAUACGCUUUAAUCGACGUUGGAACUCAGGAGAUCGAAGGAAGAACACAUUGGGAAGUGAGCGUUAUUGGUGGCUUCUUAUCGAGAGCUGGCACAGUUUCCUUUACCGUGCAAUAUUUCAGGGUUCAAAUAAAAUUCGGCCAACCGAUAGAUACCAGAAAGAAACCGAGAAUCGAAGAGCUUGAUCUCGAGUUAGGUAACAUCCAAGCCAGGAUUCACGGUGCCGGUACCAUUGAUUACUUACUAGAAGCUAGCAUCAACGUACUGCCAAACCUUUUAAGAUACCAAAUAAUGGAUGCGAUAGAAGGACCGCUUAAAAGACGUAUACAAGUUGAACUGAACAAAAUUAACGUUGAGAAACUUAUUUAUGAGAAAAUUCCGAAUAUCGAGGAACAGGCUAGAUAUAUUCAAGGUUUAAUUCCUGCGGAGGAGACUAUUCUGGAGGAAUUAAUACCCCCACAGGAUCAAGACGAACAACCAUUUUCGGAAAGCGAAGAAGAUAGAGGACCUUCGUAAAAAUGAAACUCGUUGCGAAUUAUAUUAAUAUCUUAUUUAUGUACGAAACGAUGAAAUGAAAAUAUCGCUUCA